AAUGUGGUGACAGGGGCCAAGUAACCAUGAAGAACCAGAUGCUUUCUGCAAGGCUAUAUCUAAUGUUGCUAAUUUUCAAUUCAAAGCAAACAUUUGCAAGACCAACAAGCAGGGAAUGGAUGCUGCUUUGUCUCGAGGACAAUCACCAGUCCCCAACUCAGAAAAGGAUAAAUCUAUGAAAGACAUUGGAAUCAAAGCCAUUUCCCUUUUUGUCUUAUAAAUUUGAACGCGCCACAAGAUCAUGGUUUAUAUCUGUAGCUAUAAAAAUUCUUCAGAGUAUAUCUUGCCAUGGGAGAUCUUAUCUUUGAUGACCAAGAUGUGGUUUCAAGAUUAACUUCAGAUGCGCCACCAACACACUAUACUGUCAAGAUUCAGUUAUUUUCAUUACUAACAGCAAACAAUAUAGAGAGAUACGACUCUGGUGAUUUUGAAGCUGGAGGCUACAAAUGGAAAUUAGCCAUCUGUCCAAAUGGAAACAAAAGCAAAAACAUUAAAGAUCACCUCUCUGUUUACUUGGUAAUGUCGGAAGCAAAUUUGCUGAAACCUGGCUGGGAGGUCCAUGCUGUUUUCCGACUGUUCCUGCUUGAUCAAAACAAGGACAACUACUUAAUACUUCAAGAUACAUCGGGAAAGAGAAACCGGUUUCAUGGAAUGAAGAUGGAAUGCGGUUUUGACCAGUUCAUCCCUCUCAAAACAUUUACCAAUAUUGGCAACGGGUAUCUUGUCAAUGACACUUGCAUCUUUGGGGCAGAGGUCUUCAUCAGCAAGGAGGGAACUACAGGCAAAGGAGAGUCUUUGUCGAUGGUUAAGGAUGCCAUUACUUACAAGCAGCAAUGCAAAAUUGAGAACUUCUCAAAGUUGAAUGUGGAGUGCUAUGAUUCCAAGGAAUUCAACGCUGGAGAUCAUAAAUGGAAGAUACAAGUAUAUCCCAAGGGAAAAGGCAGUGGUGCUGGUACCCAUAUAUCUCUGUAUCUAGCUCUGGCUGAUACUUCUACGCUUCCUCCAAAUUCUAAAAUAUAUGUAGAGCUUAAAUUGCGCAUAGUGGACCAGAUAAAUGCUAAGGAUUACUCCGGUAAAGCAACUUACUGGUUCAGUGCUUCAAGGAAGGAAUGCGGUGGGAGCAGAUUUACCACACUCACUCAUUUCAAUCAGCCUGGCAUGGGUCUUUUGGUGAAGGAUACUUGCCUGGUGGAAGCGGAGCUCACUAUCCACGGGGUGGCUAGCCCUGUGUAAGGAAGCGUUUUGCUCUAACAGAACUGGGGUGUAGAUAUUGGUGUAGACUUUAAAAAGACAUACCAACCAUACACAGAUCCAACUUACAUUCUGCUAUGAGAAAGUUCUUUAUCUUUCAGUUAUUACAGUUAUAAUACAUUCUGUAUGAUACCAUAGUUAACCCUCUGAACUAUCCACCAAUCGUGUAUCUGAGAGACUAAGAAGAUGAAAAACAUUCCUUCAUGAUGAAUUAUCAUAAUACCUGUAAAAAGAAAAAAAGAAAUCUCGUAAUACCAUGGCUAAAAGAA